AUGUCAAAAAAAACAAUUGCUCGUACAACAACUAAUCUUCUACUCCAUAUUCAUGUACGACCAAAUGCGAAAACGAAUGCCAUACGUGAAAUCGAUGCGAACAAUCAAAUACGUAUGGAUAUCGCUGCCGAUGCUCAAGACGGCAAGGCAAAUCACGAAUUGAUCGAUUUCCUCAAAGGCAUCUUGAAAGUUCCUUCGAGUCAGUUAGAGAUCAUCCAUGGCCACCGACAACGUGACAAAGUCUUACGUAUAACACCAACAACGAACACAGAAACCGAAAAUGAUUAUAUCGAACGACUUCGAGUUGAAAUAUCGAAAUAA